CAAGAUCUUGGUGAAAAAUUAAUGCAACACUGGAUGGAAAUAAAUCUUGUGACAUUGCAGAAUGCGAUGCGAAUUCACUGUAAUAUUCUACAGCCCAAGACUGCAGAUGACCGAGGCUGCCCUUGCCCUCUCUGAGCAGAAAAAUCACAACAUGGGAGAACUGCUGACUCAAGUGAAGGUUGAGAAAGAGCAGUGGGAACGCCAGAGCAGAGAGAGGAAGAAAGAACAAGAGGACUGUGUGCACAGAGAGGGCAAACUCCUCAGAGAGGUCCAAAACUUGUCCGAAACCAACAUCCAACUCAAGAGUAAAGUGGAGGAGAUGGAGCGCAGGUGCAAGUCUCAGCAGCACCAGAUCUUUGAGCUGAAACAAGAACUGACCAACAACACAGCUGAGCUAAAGCUGCGACUAGCACAGGCAGAGGACCGUCUGGAAACAGAGAAACGAAGGUCCAAACAAGUCCUGGAGGACAUGGACAAUCUCCGACAGAAAGAGGUGGAGCAUGUGAAUCGACAUCUGGAGGAAAGUGAGAGAACUCUGCAAGAGCGCAUCUUCAAACUGGAGGGACAGCGGAUACAACUGGAAGAGGAGCUGAUUAAGGCUAAAGCACUGUGUGUGUCAGAGAGGGCCCAAGCAGAGGAGGAACUGGGAAGAGUGCGAGCUCAAGUGCGCCUGGAAGAGCAGGAGCAUGUGUCAAUGUUAGAGGAGAAGCUUCGCUCGGUGCGUUCUUCCCUGCAGGAGGUCCAGCACCACUGCUCCCAGCAAAAGCAGACCAUCUCUGAGCUGCAGGCUAAAACCGGUCAGCAGAGUGUCGAGAUGGACGGACUGCGGCGCAGGAUAGAGGAGCUCCAGCAGGAGCUGUUGGGUAAGGACCAGGAAAAGGUAGCUGAGGUGAGCCGGAUCAGGGUGGAGCUGCAGGAGCAGAUUGGACAUUUACAGGCAGAGAGGACGGCACAGGGAGGACUCAAAGAGAAGAUCAGUACUCUGGAGAGAGAGAUUAAAAUACUAAGCAGUAACCACAGGGAGGCGCUUCUCGAUAAAGAGAGCGAGAUGUCUUCCAUGCUGGAGAAGCUGCGACUGAAGGAGGCAGAGAUCUGGAGGAUAAGGGAGGAUGAGGCCAACAGAGCCAGUUACCUGCAGAGUGCCAUCCUCACCUAUGUUCAGGGCUCCCCUCUGGGACAGUACAACAGCCCCAAGAAAUGACCCAGAGAGCUCACCACCUCAGCUAUGACCUCUGAGCCCUCACUGGGCUCCUGCACAGGCCAGGAGAAUAAGCAGAAAAAAAAUCAUGAUUUCCUCGACUUGAAAAGUUUUAAGGAAAGAUAGUGGUUUAACAGUAAGAUGGGAGAUACUUGGAGCAGGACACCAAAAUGCAACAAAAUGUGCAAAUACAGGCAAUUGAAAUUUCAAAAAGUCUACCUUUUAAAACCGUAGCAACCUUGUUCUUACUUCCAGUCACUGUACCUCAUCAAUACUUGUUUGAACUGCUAUCACUAGUCACUUGCCCCCAUUUUAGUCUCCCUUCUUAAGUCCCAACACAUAUUCUUAGUUUACAGUAAGAAACAAAGUCUUGUUUUAAAACAUUUUUCUCUAGUAAGGAUGGCAGUGUAGUGUAAGUCAAUAUUGAAAAUGUAAAGGAAAGUUAAGGUUUGUUAUUUUUUCUGAGGUAAAAGUGUAAGUGGGCACAUCUGAAAUAAAGAUGAGUAAUAAUCAAUGUCAGACUUGAAAAAAGGAAGUGAGUUUUUCACCUUCAUUUAAGUAUUUAAGUUUUAUCUUCCAAAUAAGUUUGGCUAACCUGCUGUCAGACCUCUGUAUCACCACUCCAAUCUCUGAUUUGUUAAUGGGUCAAAUGUUGUGCCCACUAGUGGCUAUUUCCAUUGUUUUUUUGUUUGUUUGUUUGUUUUGCUUUGUUUUUAAUUUUAUUUUAUUAGUGAAAUAACAUGACAAGGAGUAACUUUGUGAAAAUGUUAAAAAGGUGUACAUAAAAUAAGGGCAGAGGAUUAUGUUAGGUGGUAUGUUUUGUUUGGUGUGUUUGUGUGUGUGCGUGGCAGGAUGUGGCUGAUUUCACUGUUUGGAGAAACGUCUUCUACUACUUCUACUACUCAGAAUUUUGUAGGCAGCUUACAUUGCCAUGCUAACAUGCUCACAAUGACAAUACUAAUAAGCAGAUAUAAUGUUUAUACCAAUCAUCCUCUCUUUCACAGAAAUGAUGGAGCCCCGUAGUGCUCUAAGUGCUCUAUUUUAAGAAAUAUUGAGAGUAAACUCCAGUUGGAAUAAUUCACAUCCCUGUCUUGUCUCCCUUGUCAUGAUUUAUGUGGGCUGAGAUCAUUACCAAGGAACUUUGGUGUCUUCACAUUAACUGAAAAUUAGCUGUUUUCUCUGUACACCUCCCUUUUGUUGAACCCAUUUGUCGUUUCCUCCAGUCACAGUGAAUAAAAGGCAAUGUUGCAUUGUUAGAGUUGACAUUCCAAAUGAGAUUUGGUUCAAAUAUGCCAUAAAUUCCAAAUAUGCCCACAGCCCCACCACCCACUCACUGCAGUUCAGACGCCAAGAGCAGGAAAAUGUUAUUGCUGUUUUUACAAAUGUUUUUUUCUUUUAUAAUACAAAGAGCUGUUUCAUAUCUUGAUAUGUUUUGAAUAUUUUAUUUGUGUGUUCAAGUUUUUCACUGUGUGUUUUUUAUCAAUAAAAGUUGGUCAUUUCUGAAAGAAAA